ACCAGAAAAUCUCCAUUGAAUCAAGAAUGUAUACAAAUCUAGCAGAUAGCAACAAAAUCUUAAGAUGUUAUCAAAGUUUUUCCGGACUACUUUAAGUACAGGAAAUUACAUUCUGGUCUAUUAAAUUUUUUAUAGUUUAUGUAUUUAUUGCCUAAUAAGGUUGAACAAGAUAGCGAAGACACGUAAAAACAGGAAGAAUAUAUAUACGUACAGUUGUGCGUCAAGGGACAGUUUGGAAAUAGUCAAAAUUGCAUAUUCCUGCAUCCAUGUAUAAACAUAGGGACGGCAGCAACCAAUCGCCAAAUCGUUAUAUGACAAAUCAUCCAUAGAUGAUAAACCAUAUCAUAAAUUCUACCAAACUCUCAACAACUUCAACUUAUAAACCCCACUUUUUCUAAUAAAUUAGCCAAGAGAUUUCAAGACUCAGCGCCCAAGCCCAAUUCCUCCUCCCACUUGUCGCAUCUACCACCGUUCUUCCCUCGCCCUUCCUCUAUAUUUCUAACACGUGCACACAGCUUUGCCCGUUUCAAAUAGCUACUACUCCCCCACUUUUAGAUUCUAUCAUUCCCAAAAUGUAGGUGAAGAUAUUGUUUUCUUUGGAUAAUAUAUACAUUGAUUGAAGAGAUAGUAGCAUAAUAAUUGCUGCUUCUUUCAACUUAAUUAACCACACAAUCAACAAUAAGAUAUCACAGUUAGUCCAGAGAAAGCAUACCAGGAAUUUGCCGCACAAAUGUGAUGAACGAUGGAGGGCUUGAGUUCACCGUCUAUGGUUCAAAGCGGCACCCACACUUCCGUCUUGAGUCCGUUACUCAUCUCCAUGCUUGGCAUAGUCAUCACGGCCAUGGCUAUAGUGGCAUACCACCUUUUACUGGUCAAGUACUGCAAAAGGCGCCGCGCCGUCGAUGCCGAGGCGGCGCAACUGGCCGCCGCGCCGCCUCCGACCGGCGUCGACGAGAAAGUCCUCGCAGCGAUUCCGAUCCUCACGUUCUCCGUGGUGAAGCGCGGCGGCAUCGAUCAGGGAGAAUGCGCGGUGUGCCUGGGGGAAUUGGAGGACGAAGACGCUGUGCGUCUGCUGCCUAACUGCAGCCACGCCUUCCACGUUUCCUGCAUCGACCAGUGGUUCGCGGCGCACACCAGCUGUCCGCUGUGCCGUCUGCCGGUGGUGUUCCGGCAGAAAACAGAUGCGGCGUCGGCAUCUCCCGAUCUAGCCGAAGAUCCGAAUAAUCGUAGCCGAAGCGGCGAGAAUAAUGGGAGUAACGGUAGCGAUGAGCCUCCGGCUCCGUCUUCGGGGGGUUUGCUCCGUCAUUGCGCAUCUCUGAUGACGCCGAUGGAGCGGAGGUCGAUGUCGCGGCUGAAGCGGUCGAUGUCGAUGGAUCUGUCGCUGGUGGUGUUUGAUCCGAGUGCGACGUCGUUUUCGUCUUCGUCCAGCGGUAUUCUGAGGAGGAGUGGGUCGUUGAGCCAUUUCGAUCCUAAGUGGCUCAGCUCCUUCCCGUGGUUGCGGACGGGGAAGGCUUCUAAUGCCUCCAAUCCAAUUCUGCCUUUCUAAAAUUCAUUAUUUUUUAUAAAUCAAAUUUUUAUUUUAAGGCUAAUUAAAUAUUGUAAUAAAAGUGAACGCAAUCCAAGUCAAGUUGAUCUCUAGAGCA